GGGCGGGCGGGAGCGGCCGUUUGUGGCGGGAAGCGGCGCGGAUCGGGCGCGGCGGGUGCGGGCCCAGCGCGGGGCGGCUCCCGGGCGGGCGGGAGGUGUUGGUACAGAGCUAUGGGUAAUGCAGCGGCGGAAGAUGAAUUAACACUCUUUGAAAACGAUAUUAAAGAGUUUUGGAUCCAGUUUAAAAUCAGUCAUGGAGCUGAACAGAACAAUCAGACUUCAUCGCUGAGAGAUUUGUGCAAGGACACUAUAGAAGCUCUUUCAGAGAAAUGGUCCAAGAAGCUGAAAGAAGAGGACCUGAUGAUUGACAAAAUUCAGGAGUAUAACAAUGAGAUUCUCCAGCAGAGGAAAUACUUAGCAGAAAAGGAAGAGCAGUUGACAGAAAUAAAAUUGAAGCUAAAUCAAGAAGAAGAGCAGCAGAAAAACUUGAAUGACAGUAUCCAAGAACUUAAAGAAGAGUUGGUGAAGAAAAUGGAAAUAAAGUCUUCUAAAACUAAAGCUGCCAAGGAGAAAGCAGAACAAGUGAGCAAGAUUAAAACAUUGUUUAAAGAGCAUCUUGGAUUGGAGAUGCGUAGAAUUCAGGAUGAGCAAUUACAGUUUAUAUUCAGACACAUCGACCACAAAGAUCCUAACAAGCCAUACAUGUGUACCCUUUCCAUAAAUGAACAAGGGGACUAUGAAGUGACUUCCUGUACUCCUCCUCUGGACUGCAUUGCAGAGUUACAGCUCAAACUGAGAGAAACUAACAAUUUUUCUGCAUUUGUUGCCAACAUCAGAAAAGCUUUCACUGCUUUAUCAUAUAAACAGUCUGCGUGAAACUAGUUUAUACCUCUUUCUGGCUGUAGAGCAGUCUUCUUUCCUUCCUGUUGCUGAAAUGGUGUAUUUAUCUGUGUCUGACUUAAUUUCUAAAUAAAGAUAAUGAAAGCAUUAUUUUAGUUUACUGUUAUCUACACACACUUUGGAUCAUUCUUCAAACAACAGUAUCACCAACUACUGCCUUAACUGAAUGUCUCUGGACAUGUAAAUUUUGAUCCAUUCCAUGCAUUAAUGAUCUAAUGAUUUGUAUUUAGCUACCCCAGGGAGAUAAUCAAAAUAAAAUACCUUCUGUAGUUUGUAUAUAUUUUCCAGAAGUAUUGAUGUGUCUUUCAGAUUUCUCUGUGGUUGAAAUAGGCCUGAAACUCAUUAAAAAAAAGUUUGCUUUCAGUUACUUGUGUCAUAGGUCAUUGUCUUGAUUUUUACCCUAACUUGUACUCUACAGUAUUAGCAUUUCUGUUCAUGCAUCUAAAUGGUUGUUUUUCUUCUGGUCUGUUAAACUUUGUCAUUGGAAAUCUUUUGACAUAGCAAAGCUUGAAGUAUAAUGUAUUAAAGUAUGAAAUACAGUGGUGACAAAUCAUGUGUGUAUUUUGCAUCUUACCAAGAAGACUAUUACUAUCACAGUGCUCAGCUUUGAUUUAAAAUAUUUUUCUGUCUUGUAAAGUGUUUUUAUUUUUACAGAAUAUUUAAAAGGACUGUUGCAACGAGAAAGAAAAUGCUUCAUUUGAUAAUAUACCACAGUUCAAAUAACGUCUUGACUAAGUUCAGUCCUAGAAAUCCUAGUGAAUCAAAAACUAAUAUGUAAGACCUAGUAAUUUAGGCAUUUUUAAAUCCAGUGAUCAGAUCUUACCUAAUCUGAUCUGAUAGUACGGUUGGGAAUAUUUCCCAAUCAGAUGUGAACUGUAUUUUAAAUAAUUUCAUUUCUCUAAACUUAACCAUAUAGCUUGAUGGAUGCACCACAGACUACACCCUCAGCUUCUAGGAGUGCAAUUUAACAAAAAAAAAGUAAAAGAUAAAAUCUUCCAUUUCUUCUUCCCUACAGGUCAUAAUUUGCUGUUUUCUAAGUAGUGCCUCAUUUUCCGUGGUGUGCCCUAUUAUUUUUUUUCUUGUGUUACAGCCACUUAUACACAAAGCCAAUAAGAAGGGUAAAGGUGCCAAGUGAUUACACUGCAAUUUUGGAACAGAAUGGCAGCAGAGAAUUACUAAGCAGUGUUAUAAUGACAUAUCAAAUCAAACAAAUCCUCAGUUUGUAC